CGAGCGGAGAGGCGGCUGCAGAGCGAGCCCAGGAGCGGCCCCGGCGGCGGGGCACCGUGGCAGUGCCGUGGCACCUCCGUGGCCGGUGGCCUACCGGUCUCAUCCCCGCGGCCGCAGCAGAGCCCCCUUGCCUGCUGCGCCCAGCAGGGGCCGUGGGCGAUGCCCCCUCUGUGGCAGCUCGCUGUUCCUGCUGGCACAUCCCUCGGUUCACAGCCGCCCUUCCCAGAAAAACUCCUGUUCGCGUGGCUCAAAUCCCACUGAAGGUCUGCUUGGACGUGCUCUGCGCCUGCUGGAUGAGGACGCGGCCAGUGAGCCAUGAGGAGCCUGUUGGGUCCUGGGGACUGCUGCGACAGCUCUUCGUGCAGCCCAGUGGCGCCUCUGCCUCCAGGGGGGCUCAGCCCCUCUCGUGCUGUCACCUUUCCCUCUGCUGUGGUUGGGAACAGUAUCCCUGCUCUGCACUUGGACAAACCUGUACUUACGUACUCGUCCUUCUGACAUCCAGGUCCCUGCAGCGGACCUGGUCCCUCUUUGCAGGACUUGUUCUGCUUUCUCCAUGGUUCAGUUAGUAGAGCUGUGACACGUCUGAGUGAUCCUUGGUGUGUAAGCUGCUGCUGCGGCAGUAGCUACAGCAGUAGUAGACUGUAGUCAACAGUAGUUGAGACCGUUCACCGACAAUUUUUAUUUGUCUGCAGGUCCUUGAGGGAGUUGCGUGUGUUGGACUUUGUGGCAGUCUCAGGGAAGCUGUGGUCGUGCCAUGUCAGCGAUGAUUCCCCACUGACAGGUACCUCGGGGCCAGAGGCAGGGCUGGUUAGAGCCCUGCUGGUGCUUUGCUUGCCUUGUGCAGCCCCAGCGGUUCAGCCAGGACGUUCCGGUGCAGUUGUGGGAACUGCAGGCAGGGGCUGUCCCGUCGUGGUCAGACCGUGGAUGGCUGCAGCUGCUGCUGCUGCUCUGGUGCCGACUCCGGCUGUUCCGACGAGCAAAGCCCGUGGUGAUGGCAGCAGUCGUCCGAGAUGCUGCCCUCCCCGCUGGCUGAGCACACCCCUCCCUGCUCUCUUCCUGCAGUACCUCUCACUCUCUAACGACUUUAAAAAUCAAACUGAAGUCAAGUUUCCACUGGGUCUCCAGUUAACACCUGACUAGAAAGCACUUUGUUACCUGGGGUGCCGCAGUGCAGUGCCGUGCCGUGCGUGUCCCCAGCAGAGCAGAUGUAAUCAGACUCCUUGCUCUUACCUGGGUCAUCACUGAUACCUGCCUCUCCCAGUGGCAGUGUUUUUGCUGAUCUGGCUGUGCUCAAAGGGGAAAAAAAAAAAGCAAAAAAAAAAAAAAAAAAAAAGCAGAAGCUGCUAGAGGAGGAAGGAUUCAGCAGUGCCAUGGGGUUGUAAAAUAUGGGGUGCAAAUUCCUGGAGUGUAGAGAGCAAGGAGAGCAGUGGACUGACUGGUCCUGGUGUCCAGAGGGGCUCCAGACUAAUGUGAACUCUGAGUGAGGGAAAACUGUGAUAGAUUUACCUCAUUUCUCCUGUCAUCAUCUCACUGCUGGUCACUGAAUGAACUGGCUCUUGGGUCCCUUGGCUCAGCUGCCCAUUUUACAAACAGAAGGGGAGGCUGAGGUCCUUGUGCUGCAGGGCUUGUGCCAGGGCAGUGCCCUGGGCCCACGAGGGACAAGUGGCUGGUUGUGGGCCAGUCUGGAGCCUGACUAAUGCUGCGGAUCCCUCAGCUUUUCCUGGAGCUGUCGCUUUUUUUUUUAACAUGCUGCAGCCGUGUGGACAGCCCUAGGGCUGGCACGGUGGGGAGGGUGAGGCCACGGCUUGGUUUCUGCGCCUGAAGCGCAUCAGGGUCUGCUGGGUGCUGAGGGCUCAUUCCUGCAUCCAGGGACCCCGUGUUCGCUCUCACGUGCAGUUCCUUUGCAGGCUGAGUGGCACGGGCUGCAGCUGGAGAUGGUUAGGCCGUUGCCUGUGGGGAUGCUGGCUCCAAGGCCCAGAAGCCAGAUGUCGGUGGGGAGACGUCACCAGACCCGGAGCAAGAAUCGGGGGACCCUGAGGAGAUGCAUGUCGCACUGCCCGUGGGCGAGGAUGGGGAGCUGGUGGAGUGUCCCCUCUGCCUGCUGCCCCAGCCUCCUGAGGCCUUUCCCACCCUUGCCUCCUGUGCCCACCGCUCGUGCCAGGCGUGCCUGGAGCAGUACCUGCGCAUCGCUGUCAGUGAGAGCCGCGUGCAGGUGGCCUGCCCGCACUGCCCCGCCGCACUGCAGCCUGCCGAUGUCCACCGCCUCCUGGCCGAGCCCGCCCUGCGUGACAAGUACGAGGAGUUCCUCCUGCGGCGGCUGCUGGUGGCCGACCCUGGCACCCGCUGGUGUCCUGCGCCAGACUGCAGCUACGCUGUCAUUGCCUAUGGCUGCGCCGAGUGUCCUCGCCUCACCUGUGGGCGUGAGGGAUGUGGCACCGAGUUCUGCUACCACUGCCGUCAGCCCUGGCACCCCGAUGGGCCCUGUGCACCAGCACCGCUGACCUCCGGCCUGGCCAGCCCCUCGGCACAGCUAGUUUACCCAGAGGAGUCGGCCAAUGUUGAGGCUGAGGACAUCAAGGUCUGUCCCCGCUGCAGUGCUUUCAUCAUGAAGAUCAAUGAUGGGAGCUGCAACCGCAUGAACUGCACGGUGUGUGGCUGCCUCUUCUGCUGGCUCUGCCUGCAGGAGAUCUCUGACGUGCACUUCCUGAGCCCCUCUGGAUGCACCUUCUGGGGGAAAAGGCCUUGGUCACGAACCCGGAAGAUCCUGUGGCAGCUGGGCAUGGUGCUGGGGGCGCCUAUGAUGAUCUCCCUCGUCGCGGGCAUUGCUGUGCCUGUCAUUACCAUCGGGCUCCCCAUCUACAUGGGUAGGAAGGUGCUGGGCCAGAGCCGGAGGAGCAGCUUGUCAGGGUGCCAGCAGUGCUUCUACGUCACCAGCAGUGUCCUCCUCUCUCUGUUUGUGUCCCCCAUCAUAACAGCUGUCACAGUGGGCAUUGGCGUGCCCCUGAUGCUCACCUAUGUCUACGGGGUGGUGGUGCUGUCACUGUGUCGGAGCCGCAGCGGGUGUGGGGGUGGCCGUGGCCAGCCUGGGGACCUUGGUGUGGUGGAACUGGAGAACCUGACCAAGUUGAAUGAGCUGUGGUCAGUGCUGCCCAGCCCCAGGGGGGUCGAGGAUGGCGUCCCAGACACAACCACCUCCUUUCCCAGCAGCCGACAUAGCCCACACCACAGGGCUGUACGGAAGGAGCAGGACAGCCAGUCAGCCAGCACAGUGGCCCUCACAGGGAGCAUGCUAAGUGAGGGCCAGGACGUGUCCUACAGGGAAGGCAUCACCAUCGAGGUAGAGGUGGCGAUUGAAACGGUGCCACAUCCUGCCCGAGAGCAGAGCCUAUGCAGUGCACUGUCAGGACAGAGUCUCUCUGGAGACUCCCUGGGAGGAACUAGCGACAGGUACAGUGUCACGGGCAUCCCAGCGGAGUGAAGGUGACUGCAGCAGUGAGCUGGAAGAUUCUUGAGACAGAGCACCCACCUCAGCUCCCACUGACACAAAGAUCCCAUACCCUGUGGCAGACCUCUAUGCCCUCUGCAUUGCAUAACCAGCCCCAUGAACUGGGUCCUCUCCAUCCCCAGGCUGGGCAGGCACUCACCGUGCACUCAGCACUGCCUGCUCCUUGUACCCACCUCAUUACACCUCUUCCCUGAAGGCAGGCUAAAGCAUCCUCACUGCUGAGAAAUAAAACUACUCUCCAAACAUCA